CACGAAAGCAAAAAAAAAAAGACAUAUCGUUUGAUAGAUAUGUUUACAUGUAUUGACUGACUGUAGUGGUAGGCUAGAAAGUGGUAUGAGGGUAUUUCCGUAUUUAGCAAUAAUCUAAUACUAUAAACGAACUUUUCCUGCUUGACUAUCAGGAAAUAAAAAACGAACUUCUCCUGCAUAGAAUAAACCAAUGAAAGUUGAAGAAGAAUUUACUCAGACUUCGUCUCUGCUGGAUAUUUUGUCAGUUAUCGUGUGUACAUAAGGCCAUCAUUAUCACUGUCUUCAAAGACCGUUUCUUAGUUUUAUUAACAUUAAAAAAAAAAAGAAAUUAGCUUAAAUUUAAAUGAACGUUUCUUAUUUAGAGACGAUUAAGAGACGGUUUUGUGAGACACGUGUUGCCCUUUGGGCCUUGUCUCUUUGAGAAGAGAGAGAGAGAGAGUUGAAGAUCGAUGGCUGAAGGCGUGAUGAUCCCCAGCAACUAAAGAAGAGAAGCCAGAGCUUCAGGCAGAGGCUACUUCUCUGGACCCUUUCUUCGACGCCUAUCAUCAGGCAGAAGCUGAAUCCUAGCCUCCAAUGUCACGAGAUGUCUCUCCUCCGCCUCUUCGAGACUAUCUCCGAUGACUGCGUCACACUUGCCCUCAUCCUGAUUAAAUUGACUGAUGUUACUGAUCCCAUGGUCAAUGAGAAGGUUGCUGAUCGGGAUGAGCUGCGUGAUGUUGUUAUGCUCGUGUUUGCUAACAAACAGGAUCUUCCAAAUGCCAUGAACGCAGCUGAGAUCACCGAUAAGCUUGGUCUCCACUCUCUCCGUCAGCGUCACUGGCUCAAUCUUCGUUUUGAUUUGUUCUCUUGCUUAUAACGUUUCUCUGAUCAAUUUGUUUCUCUUGCUUAUAACGUUUCUCUUGCCAAACCGCAAUUUGUUUAAUUUAUUUUCUUUUUAUAUGUGUGCAAGUUGUAAUACUUUCUUAUGUGUUCUUGUUGCUUGAUUCUUGCAGGCGUAGAGGGAAAGAUUGUGGUUGAGCUGAUUUUGCUGGGCAAAUUUGGAUGCAGGGGCAAACAUUAUCUGAUUUUUUUCUUUAUUGUUCUGUUCUUUUUUUUUUGGUUUCGGGUAUGUGGAUUUGAUUUUGUGAUCGUUGUUCUGAUUGUGCAAGGAGGAGUCUCUUGCACGUAGAACAUAGAAACUACCCUUUUAUAUAGUUUGUAAUCAAAAAUUUACUCUACUUAUUUCUGCUUCACGUUUCA